CCGGGAGCUCCCCGCCGGCCCCCUUGGAUGGAGGGGGCUGCCUGCCCCGGCUGAUCUCGCGCAUCCCGAAAAAAAAAGCUUUGCCCCAUGGCUUUUUUCCGGCGGCUUUUCCGCUUGGGCGCGGAGAAGAAGCAGCCGCGGCGGUACGAGCGCGUCAGGCGGGACGUCAACCCCGAGGACGCGUGGCUGGUGCUGGGCGAGCUGGGCGACGGCGCCUUCGGCAAGGUCUUCAAGGCCCAGAACAAGGUGACGGGGGCGCUGGCCGCGGCCAAGGUGAUCGCCACGCCGAGCGAGGAGGAGCUGGAGGACCACGCGGUGGAGAUCGACGUCCUGGCCUGCUGCGACCACCCCAACAUCAUCAAGCUGCUGGACGCGCUCUACUGGGACGGGCAGCUCUGGAUCCUGGUGGAGUUUUGUGCUGGAGGGGCCGUGGAUGCUGCGAUCUUGGAGCUGGAGAAAGGCCUCACCGAGGAGCAGAUCCGAGCGGCCUGCAAGCAGCUGCUGCUGGCGCUGCAGUACCUGCACGGCUGCAGGAUCAUCCACCGGGAUGUGAAGGCCGGGAACGUCCUGCUCACCCUGGACGGGGACGUCAAGCUGGCUGAUUUUGGUGUCUCUGCCCAAAACUCCACCACUUUACAGCGCCGGGCAUCCUUUAUCGGCACCCCGUACUGGAUGGCCCCUGAGGUCGUGCAGUGCGAGACAUCCAAGGAGAACCCCUACGGCUACAAGGCUGACAUCUGGUCCCUGGGCAUCACGCUGAUCGAGAUGGCUGAGAUGGAGCCCCCCCAUCACGACCUCAACCCUCUGAGGGUGCUGCUGAAGAUCGCCAAGUCCCAGCCGCCCACCCUGCGUCACCCCAAGAGGUGGUCCGAAGACUUCAAGGACUUCUUGAGGAAAUCCUUGGAGAAGAGCCCCGAGGCGCGGUGGUCGGCCAGCCAGCUCCUGCAGCAUCCCUUCGUGGCAGAUGUCCACGACAAGCGGCCGCUCAGGGAGCUGGUGGCUGAGGCCCGGGCCGAUGUGCUGGAGGAGUUUGAGGAGGAGGAGGAGGAAGGACAGGCCCUGCCGCCCGGGCAGGAGCACGGAGGUUCCUUCUGCCUCCCACCCCCCGGCGAGCCGGAGAGGUCCGUGAGUGCCACCGGCGAUGGAGCAGCACUGCCAUGUCCGGCUGCAGGAGAGGGACAAGCGCCAGCUGUGACAGCAGCUGCUGUUGCCACGCGUGGGGACACACGGGACUUGACGGAGCGGGCUGGGAGGCUCUGCGAGGGGCGGGAUGCCCACCAUGGUGUCCAAGAGGAGCCGGGACAGAGCAUCCCCCGCCUGAGGCCCAAGAAAGCGUCCAACUCGCUAAAGCAAGCGAGGAAGAAAUCCUCACCCGUCCUGGCCGGCUCCAUGAGGCUCCCUCCAAAGAGACCAUCUGAAUUCCUGAAGCUGAUGAGGCGCCGGUCACUUUUUGGAGGGUUCAAGUCCCGUGAAGCUGCCAGUGAGCAGCGUGGGGCGGAUGGAGGGGAGCCAAGCGGGGAGCAGCCCCCCGGGCACCUCCUGAGCGGGCCAGGGAGGACAGCACUGGAUGCUCUCCAAGGGACACCAGACCAGGCGGAGGUGGGAGAAGAAGUUAAAGGGUGUCAAGAGGAGCCCAGCGCUCUGGAAAGCCCCUCCAAGACGGCAGAGCUCCUCCCGGGGAAAAGUCACGCAGGGGACACUGAAAUGCAAGAGCAGAAAGUGGAGCAGGUCGGACCCGCGGCGGAGGGACAGCAAAGAGCUGCUCUAGCCCAGACAAAUCCCACUUUGCCCCCAAAAAGUGAUGCCGAAGAGCAGUUGAGGGGACGCCCAACUUGCAAUUCGUUGGCCUUGCCCCAGGACGGAGCCGUUGGGGGCUGGAUCAGAAGCUCGUCUGCAGGGAUGCUGGAUAACCCCCCUGUCCGCGUCCCCGGGAGGUGGGCAAUACCGGCUGAAAGAAGGGACAUGCAAAGUCGAGUUGAGAAGCAGCACGUGGAUGGCACUUGUGGCAGCGGUCCCCAUGUCACCAGAGGUGCGAUGGAGGCCUCCCAGCUGGUGGCAGCCUUGGACCUGGGCCACAUCAGGACCAAAGUCCAGGGCUUCCAAGAGUCGGUUGCAGAGCUCAGGCGUGGAUUUACUAGAUCCUUGCUAGAGCUGAAAGCCGCCGGGGUUAAGCCGCAGGCUGACACUGGCUCCAGCGCAGCUGGAGAGAGGGAAGACGGCCCUGGAGAGGGCAGGCGUGGAGCUGAGGGUGAUGGAGAGCCUGGGGAGACCGACCCAGGGCCGGAGAGGGUGCCGCCAGGAGAAGCGUUGCUCAUGCAGAGUGCGACAGAGGAGGUGGCAACGGGGUCAGAAGGGCUGGAGGGGUGGCAGGAGCCACCAGAUGGACGGGGAGAGACUGGAGAGGGGAACCAUGGGGAGAAGAACAGAGCGGCACACGAGUCCACCACCAGCUCCUUGGAGCUGGCUGAGCAGGACGUAGGGGACGGUGAGGAGGAAGCUGCAGACACUGUGACGACUCGCCACCUUGGCGAAGGCCAUCAGCAUUCAGCGGUGGAAACUUCUCCCAAGGGAACCCGGGUGCUGGCAGAAGUGAACUCGGAAGAUGUAAGGGAGUGUUUAACUGGAGACCAUAAUCCCGCGGGAGAAGCCGUUGGCGGGGAGGAAUUGCCCGCAGCAGAGAGACUGGAGGCAGACUGUGCAGCACAAGGAAAAGAGGGACUGGUGAGUGAGGAAGCCCAAAAUUCGACAGAGGAUUCAUCCCCCAAGGACAUCCUGGGGCUGGUUAAAGAGGAAACAGAGGAGAAAGUGGAAAACGGCUCCAGAGAAAAGCAGCUCUUGGCUGGUUAUAGUAAGGACUGUGAAAAGCAAGAUGGAAAUGGAGAGGAAGGGAAGGAAGAGAGGAAUCUGCUUGGAGAUCAUGGGGUGAAGGUGGCUCCUGCAGGGCCAUCAAAGGAUGGAUUCGGAGGAGAAAUGGGUGACUUGGGCAACGGAGCCGUGCCCGAACCCCAGGAGCCUCGUGGUGGCCACCCAAAGGCCACAAAGACCGUGAGCUUUGCUGCCCUGCGUCGCACUUCUUCCUGGGUGGCCUGGAAAGUGGGGGACAGCCCAGAUCCACCCUCAAGCAAUUGCUCUGUGCCGGAGCGAGGAGAGGAGCCGUUGACACCAGCAAACCCUGCGGACACACGAGCUCCGUUGCUGUCCGUGGAGGAAGCCCAGCAGGAGCCUCCCUCCCUCCGAAGGACGGUAAAGAAAACCCGCAGGUUCGUCGUGGACGGGGAGGAGGUGAGCGUGACGACCGCCAAGACCGUCAGCAAGGCUGAGACGAGGGAGGAGAAGAUACGCUCUGCUCGGCGGCAGGAGCUCCGCGAGCUGCGGGUGCUGCAGAAGGAGGAGCAGAGGGCGCAGAGCCAGCUGGAGCAGAAGUUUCACCAGCAGCGGGAGCAGUUGUUCCGGCACAUCGAGCAGGACAUGACGAGCAAGAAGCAGUACUACGACCGGGAAGUGGAGACCUUGGCGUCUCGCUACAGGCAGCUGAAGGAGCGCCAGGAGCACGAGUACACGGUGAAGCUGCGUGACGAAGCCAAGCGCCUGAAGUCCCUCCAGGAGAAGGACAGCGAGAAGAGGAUGCAGGAGCUGAAGGGCAACAAGGCGGAGGAGCAGCGGUUUCUGCAGCGGCAGCAAGAGGAGCUGAACGCAGCCUUGCAGAGGGUUGUCCAGGAGCACAAGAAGAAGAUGAUGUCCGUCGACUGGGAGUGCAUGAGCAAGAUCCACAGCCUCCGCAGAGCCCGUGAGUCCGUGGUGUGGAGCAUGGAGCAAGGGCACCUGCAGGAGAAGUACCAGAUCUUCAGGCAGCAGGUGAAGGAGCAGCACGUGCUGCAGCGGCAGCAGCUCCGCAAGCGCCACGAGAAGGAGACGGAGCGGAUGAACCGUUUCCACCACUUCUUGCUGGAGGAGCUCCGGAGCCAGCAAGCCCAAGAGCGGGCUCAGCUGCUGAAAAGCCAGCGCUGCGAGGCCAAGGCCCGCCUGGCCCUCUUCAAGGGCAACCUGAAGAUCCAGGAGGUCAAUGGGACCGAGCAGAGAGAGCGAGCCAAGCAGUUCCUGCAGCAGGAGGACAAGCGGCAGCGAGCGGAGGUGCAGCAGCAGCAGGAGCAGCACGCGCAGCAGCUGCAGCAGUUGCAGCAGCAGCAGGCCGAGAGCCUGGGGGAGCUGGAGCAGAUGCAGGUACUGGGGCUGGAGGGCCAUUUCCCACACAUCUGCCAGCUCUCCUCGAGCAUCUCCCUUCCCACCUGCCCUGUGCCUUCUCCCAGAGUGAGAAGAUGGACCUCUUGGCCAAGCAGGAGAGGAGACAGCUGGCGCGGCUGGACAGCGAGCACGCCAUGGAGCUCAGCGAGUGGAAGCAACGGCUGGCUGCCCGCAAGGAGAUGCUCGAGGAGGAGCUGGGGAACUCCCUGCCUGCGCAGCAGCGCGGAGGGCCGCGUGGCACCCGCAGCGGCAGACUCUCCCGCUUCUUCCAUUUCCCUUCCUGAUCCUACGCUGCGGCUUCUUGGGAAGAACAAGAGCGGUGGCAGCUGCUGGUGGCCUCCCAGGGACUGGCCAAAUGGGACCACGGAAGCCCAAAGUAGCUGCAGAAAAUGCGAGGUGGCUCAGCCCCAGGACACUGAGCCACAGCCAGUCCAGGACGCAGCACGGAUCAUGGGGAUGGCAGGCGUGGCAGCGACCUAGGUGGCCCCUACGAGGCCGGAUGAAAGGCCAGGUGUGUUCGAGCCCUCCUCGGCUCCUCCUGCGCAGCCCAGUCUCCCUGUGCCGGAGGGGCCAGGAUGGAGCGGUCGCUGCUGCCUGGAACGGCCCUGGAAGCUCCUCGGUGGAAGUCACCUUGCUGAUCUUGAAGCCGUGGAUACGCAGGUAUUGCUGGUGCCUUCAGUAUGUGCGUGUCUUGGUGGAUCACCCUACAGCUGAGUUGCAACACAAGGAAAUACAUCUUUUAUUUGUUUA